CGCGAGUGCUUUAAUUAAACAAUGCAUGGUAUAUUUCUGUACGAUAUAAUUUGGUUAUUUGAGUAAAAACAAUUUUAAUUAGCAUUUUGUAUACAUAUAAAAAAUAAAAAUAAGGACAGGGAGACGGGCUGACGAAGAAAUGAAAGUGAAAGUUUCGUUAUUUAUGGUGUAACCACAUUUUUGAUCGUCAAAGAAGAGUUUAGACUCAGAGUUUCAUGUCGAUUGCAAGACGAAUUUGAAGGAGAUACCACUUGUAAUAAUUAAAGAUAAAAGAUGUCAUCUAUCCAAUUCUUUGGCUGGGAUGUGUACUAUGAUGAAGACCAUCAUCUUCGAGCAGAACAGGAAGCCAAAACAGGCACACGUUACACUAUGUACCAUGGCACCAAAACGCAGAUGGCCCGUCUGAUCAUACAAAAUGGCUUCCAGAAAUCUCCAGACGGGAUGCUGGGGCCUGGUGUUUACGUGAGCCGUGACCAGAAGAAAGCAGAGCGCUAUCCUCUGAAUGUAUCGUUUAAUGAUCGAGUAGUGCUUAAAUUAAGUGUUGACUGUGGAAAAGUCAAAAAAAUUGAUAAGGACAACCAUCCUCUACAGAAGACCUGGCAUAGUCAAGGCUAUGACACUGCCUGGGUGCCCCCUAAAUGUGGCAUGAGCGCUGUCCCAAGUGGUCUAGAAGAGGACUGUGUGUGGGACCCAAAGCGGAUCGAGGUCGUAGAUGUUUCAUUAGCACCCAAUACUACCAUCUCUGCUGAGCUCAAGCAGCUUAUUGCUCAAAACCGGAAAAGUCAGUCAACUUCUGGCACUUCAGGUGCUUGUCAGCUGUGCAAGUGGAAAAUAGGAGCUCCACAUACAGUCCAGCCCUGCUGGGGGUGUGGAGAGACGAUCUGCACUCUCAUGACCAAACACAAGUGUAAUCACAUGGGCUAAGAAACUACUCAGGAAAAAUAUCAUGGCAGAUAAAUCACUUCAUGCAGGAGGGUCUACGGGUUUGAAUUCUGUCAGCGUUUCCUCACUUUCAUGUUGUACCAGACACAUAUGAAAUUCUGUUUUCCAAAAGGAGAUGUUAGUCUCAGUCACCAUUCACUUUCAUUGCAUCUUUUGCACACACAAUGAAAGUGGAUGUUGAAAAAAACUAAAAUACAGGUUUGGAACAACAAAUGGGUGAGUAAAAGAUGACAGAAUUAAAAAUUCUGGUGUAAAUUAGCACUUAAAUGAUUUCAUGUUUCUCAAAAUUUAAAUACUAAAGGAAAGGCAGUUAAUCUGUGUAAAUUAGAUUUAUAUUACAUUCUUCAUGUGUCUCAGGGAGGUACACAAAACAUUUGUCUUGUGUAAUUUGUUCAGAUGCAGCGCAGAAUACUAUCUCUGACAUUUAUUGUCCAAUCUGAAAUAAAUCAUAUUUUCCACCUGAUAAUUCCUUGUAAGCAUAUUAGAAUGUGAAUUCAUGUAGACUCAGGUGAGAAAAAAAAAAUCAAUAUUUGUAUGACAGUCUAUCAAAAAAUGUUUUAUAUUGUCAGAUGAAGUCCUCAAUCAGAGUGAUAUAUGUUUUAACAAAACAUUCAAAGUUGUGUACAAUAAAGAAAAAGCAUGUC